CGCGGGUUUGUUGAGUAUGAAGUGACGCGCACAUUGCAGCGAGCGUUGUGUCUCGUUUCGUCUGUUAUAUUCCAACAGAAAUCUCAUGUAAACACGUUCUUUUAGACACUGAGAGCAGAAAACGACAGAGGAAACAGCAUUCAGCUGCGUCAAGAAACACAAGGAUCGACCGGAAGAGAGCAACACUGACGUGGAAUCAGAGAGCUGGAGGGGCAGUAGAGGGCAAAGCAACAUGGAGGAGUUUAAAGUUCAAACUGCCAAACACCCGGUGCCGAACAGCUCACCAAUGAGGCCGCACAGCGAGCACUCUAAAGAGCAUGCGGCUAAACGUCUGUCGUCUGCAUCCAACGGCACGAGCGACGGAGGCGCUGGUGCUAAAACACCUGUGGAGAUCGCGGCGCUGGAGGAGUCGUUCCGCAAGUUCGCCAUUCACGGAGACACACGGGCCACCGGCAAAGAAAUGCAUGGCAAGAACUGGUCCAAACUGUGUAAAGACUGUGGCGUCAUCGAUGGCAAGAACAUCACCCUCACAGACGUGGACAUAGUCUUCUCCAAAGUCAAGAACAAAUCCAGCCGCACUAUCACAUACAGCCAGUUCAAAGAAGCUCUCGCGGAGCUCGCCAGGAAACGUUUCAAAGAGAAAAGCAGCGAGGACGCCGCACAAGAGGUUUACAAAAUGAUAGAAGGGAAAUCGCCUGUUAUAUCUGGAGUUACGAGAGCUGUGGCUUCGCCCACCGUGUCCCGUUUGACGGACACCACCAAGUUCACCGGCUCUCACAAGGAGCGUUUCGACGAGACGGGGCGCGGGAAGGGAAAGGCGGGACGAGUGGAAAUGGUGAACACAUCGGGAUAUGUGCCUGGAUACAAGCACGCAGGGUCGUACGAGAAGAAAGUACAAGGGAAACCGCCACAAAAACCCAUGUGAGAUAAGACAGAAGACAAACCCCCGACUCUAUAAAGCAAAAAUGGAUUUUCUGUUUUCUUUAAAGAUAUGUCUUUUCCUCUGUGGUUUUGUGUUCUUCUUCCUAUAUUUGUGGGGGUUUUUUUAACUGGAACGCUGUUUACAACCGAACAAAGUCGUCUCCAGCUGGUACAUUCCUAACAAACUGCAUGUUGAUGCAGUGCACCAAAACAAUGAUGGCAACAAAAAAGAAAAGAAAAAUGACUACAGUAUUGCACGCUCUACUAGUAAAGGUUUUUCUGUUGUGCUAUUGAAAUGAAAUGCAAAUAUGAGCAUUUGGCAUUUAUGUUUCAUACUAGAGACAUACUAAGCGUUAGUACGCAGACACUUGCGAAGAGUAUUUUUCUGGCUUAAGUAAAAAACAAAAACAAAUCCAAAUCAAAGAUAUAAUUUAUUUGAACAGAUACGUUCAUAAUGUUUUUUUAGGGGCCAAUCAUUGAAAGUGCGUAGGCACCUAUUGUAUUCGUUAGUGUUCAAAUUAUUAUUAUUAUUCAGCCAUUGAAGUCUGUGGCAGCCCAUAGGAAAGUUAUGAAAUUUGGCACACUGAUAGAGGACACUUUGAACUAUAACUGACCCCAAUUUGGUGUCUCUAACGCCAACGCUGUAGUGCCACCAAGUGUUCAAAUUUGCACUUAUGUUUACGCUCAUAACUUUUGAAUUGUAAGGCCUAGAAUAAAAAAUGUUUGUCCUUGGCUCAUGUCGAGUCGAAUGCACACCAUGGUUUCAAUUUCACCCUGACUAGAUUUUACAGCAUUUUGAAUUUACAGAACAAAAAGUUAUCAAAAGCUUUUUGAUAGACCAAACUGUUCUCAAAUAACGCUUCAACAAAUUUGAAGGCGACCACGGCAAAAUGGACUUGAGGCUGUAUCUUUACAAUGCUUUGGUGUAUUAACACAAAACUUGGUGUAUGUCAUAGCCAUUAUGACUUCAGGGUACCUGCACAGUUUCAGAACAGCACCAUCCAGAGGUCGGGAAAUAUUAAAUUUUUUUGCUUAUAACUUCUGGAAUAGUUUGGCCUAAAAUCAUGAGACUUGUCUCUAAAGAUUCCUUGGGGUAUACAGAGUUGACUUAUACCCAGUUUUCCUAUGUCAGACAUUUUGGCCAUUUUGAAUUUAGAUGUAAAAUUCUGUAUUUUCCAAACGCAUUGGCGUACCAUUAUGAAGCUCGGUAUGCAUCAUCGACACUAUGACCUGAGGGUACCUAUAACGCUUUGGGCCAAUGCCACCUUGUGGUCAAAAGCUGUAACGAAAUGUCUAAAAAUGCUUAUAACGUUUUAAUUAAUCUCACCUAUUGUCCUGUGACUGCACUCUAAAGAUUCCUUGGGUCAUGCCGAGUACGGUGAAUUUUCCAUGGUCAGCCAUACUUCCUGUCCGCCAUUCUGAAUUUAAUUGAAAACCUACUUUUUCAAACUCCUCCUAGGCCGUAAGUCCGAUUUGCACGAAAUUUGUCGUGUAUCACCUAGAGACACUCAUGACAAAAUACUACUUUUCGAUUGACAAAACGGUUCAAAAAGUGCACCAACGAACAACGAAGUUGCCAAAAAGCAUCUAAGGCUGUAUCUCUAACACUUCGCCGUAUUUUCAUGAAAAUUUUUGUGGGUCAUAAUGACCACACCCUGAUCUUACCAUGUAAAUUUGGUGACUGCGCCACCUAUUGGUCAAAAGUUAUAAUUAAUCGUAUUUUAAAUUCAGCAAUUCUACCAAUGUUUUUUAUGCUGCUUUUCUUAGAGUCAUAAUGACUGAUGUCCAGUGAAUUGGCCCCGUAAUUGCUGCUUGCAACUAUAUUUCUGCUUUGUUGUUAUUAGAUUGGUCUCGACUACCUAAGCCUACAUGUAGAUCAUCCAGAUUUUAAACUAAAGAAAUUCUACUGAUAUUGCAUUUCAUAUAUUUUUUUUGACAUAUCUUUGAUCAUUAACUGAAUGCAGCUGUUGGAUUGAUGCAUAAAGAAUUAACUGCUGGUGCUCAGGAUUGUAUAUCUAGUAGUUUGGUUGAUGUUUCUAUCCUUCAUGUCAUAACUAUGUAUUUCUAAUCCUAUAAUGGAAUAAUAUGGAACACUGGCUCUGUGUUGUUUUGAGGUAAUUGUGGAAUGAUUAUUAAAUAUUAUCUGAGAGAAUCCGCCAUCAGAAACGGACUUCCCUAUUUGCUGUUGAUAAAAUGUUGCCUCAAUAAAAACCCAACAACGUCAAUCAAAUAGGGAUCAUGCCCUUACAGAACACUUCUGUCUAUCCUAACUAAAAGAUUUGGCCGAAUGUGAAAAAAACACCAAUAUAGUUGGUAGUUAUAAUGAUUUUAACACAGAGAAUCUGCAUGCGCUGAACUCUCCCGGAAAGUUAAAUUUCUGCAGAUCUGUUGAAAUAGUUUAGAUAAUUUGAUAAUGCUUUUAGCUACCAAUAAAAUUGUAGUACUCUCAGGUCCAUUUUAUACAUUUUACCAUAUUUAAUUUAGUUCUGCAGACCACAAAAUUAACGCAGAAAAUGCUAUUUAAUCUGCACGUUCCGUCUGGGCCAAAUUAAAAGAAAUGGAUCAAACUCGGAAAACUAAGGUAUUAAAAGGUUUUUUAUAUUCUGCUGUGGAUUUUAGUUUGAAAACCACUGUUAUUAUUAUCUAAAAUGUUAUAUGAAGGCACUUUGCAGUUUUUGUUAGUACGUGCAAUGUUUCUGCCAAAAGAACUAUGUUUACAAGAGUCAAACUCUAGCCAAAUGACAUGCAGUAACUAACAUAAGUGUUAAAUCUGAAUGAAAACAUUCCUUUUACUGUACUGGUGUUCGGAAUUCUUUAAAAACGCACUGACAUCUGAACACAAGAUUCAACUUUCAGGUUUCCCACACUUUUUGACCCAUGCAUUUUCAUGGCUUUUCCACAAACUUUCCAGUCAUUUGGAUUUUUAUAUUCGCACAGAUUCGCAUAUUAAUCAUUCAGACUGAUUCACUGAAAAAUAAAAGUGGCGCAUAAAAUAUUUUAGAGCAGAGUAUAACUAGAAAAAUGUACAGUUGCAAGAAAAAGUAUGUGAACCCUUUGGAAUUAGCUGUUUUUUUUUUUUUUUGUUGCAUUAAUUGGUCAUUAAAUGUGAUCUCAUCUUCAUCACAAGUAUAGACAAACACAAUGUGCUUAAGCUAACAACACACAAACAAUUAUAAUCUGUCAUGUAUUUAUAGAACACAUCCUAUUAAACAUUCACAGUGCUGUGGAAAAAGUACGUGAACCCUUAGAUUUAAUAACUGGUCGAUCCUACUUUGGCAGCAGUAACCUCAACCAAGCGUUUCCGGUAACUGCAGAUUAAACCUGCACAACGUUCAGAAGAAAUUCUGGAUCAUUCCUCCUUACAGAACUGCUUCAGCUCAGCCAUAUUCUCAGAUGUCUGGUGUGAACGACUCUCUUGAGGUCAUUCCACAGCAUCUCUAUUGGGUUAAGGUCUGGGCUCUGACUGGGACACUCCAAAAGAUGGAUUUUUUUUUAUGAAGCCGUUCUGUAGUGGAUUUACUUUGAUGAUUAGAGUCAUUGUUCUGCUGCAUCUCUCAACUUCUCCUGAGCUUCAGCUGGCGCACAGCAACCCUGAUAUUAUCCUGUAGGAUAUCUUGAUAAACUUGGGAAUUCAUUUCUCCCUCGAUGAUGGCAAGCGGUCCAGGCCCCGAAGCAGCAAAGCAUCCCCAAAUCAUGAAGCUCCCUCCGCCGUAAUUCACCGUUGGGAUGAUGUUUUCAUGUUGGUAUGCGGUGCCCUUUUUACACCAUACAUAGUGCUGCAUGUUCUUCCCAAACAAUUCAACCUUACUUUCAUCAGUCCACAAAACAUUUUCCCAGUAGCGUUGUGGAGGUCAAGGUGGUCAUUGGCAAACUUCAGGCAUGCAGCAAUAUUUUUGUUGGAAAGCAGCAGCUUCCUUCAUAGUGUCCUGCCAUGGACACCAUACCUGUUUAAUGUUUUCCGUAUAGCAGACUCACAAACAGAGUCAGUUCCAACCAGUUCCAAUGAUUCCUUCAAGUCUUUAUCUGUCACUCUAGGGUUGGCUGAACAGCCACUUCUAGAUAGAGUACCUAUAGUACUAAAUCGUCUCCAUUUAUAGACAGUUUGUCUAAAUGUGGACAGAUGAAUAUCUAAGCUCUUCGAGAUACAUUUAUAACCCUUUCCAGGUUUAUGAAAAGCAACAGUUCUUGAUUGUAAGUCUUCUUGCAAGGCAUGGUCCAUGUCAGCAGAUACUUCUUGUGAAUAGCAAACUCAGAAUGAUUGAGUGCUUUUUAUAAGUAAAAGUAGCUCUAACCCACACCUCCAAUCUCAUUUAAUUAAUUGGAUGCCAGGUUUGCCAACUCCUGACUCUAAUUAGCUUUUGACAUCAUUAGCCUUGGGGUUCACUUACUUUUUCCAACCUACACUGGAAAUGUUUGAAUGAUGUAUUCAGUAUGUACAAGAACAAUACAGUAAUUUGUGUGUUAUUAGUAAAAACAGAUUGUGUUUGUUCAUUAUUGUAAUUUAGAAGAAGAUCAAACCAGAUUUUAAGACAAAUGUGUUAAUAAAUGCAGGUAAUUCUUUUUCUUGCCACUACAUACUUCAUUAUAAAAAGUUCAGGAACACUUUACAGUAAGGUUCAAUAUGGUUAUAUUAGUUAAUGCAUUAAGUAUCAUGAACUAACACCGAACAGUAAUCUUUUUCUGCAUUUAUUGAUCUUGGUUUAAUGCAAAAUAUACAACUGUUCAAUGAGUUGAUAAUGCAUUAAUUUAAUGUUAACAUAUAUAUCUUUUAAUGUAAUUUUUUUUUAGUAUAUGUAUAUAUGCAAUCAACUAUUGCAUUAGCUAAUGUUAACGUAUACAACAUUUUUGUCAAGUGUUACCAGUUUUUUUAAAUUUCCCAUUUAACCCAUUUCAAUUUCCCUGAUAUUUCCAUUUUCCAGUACUGUGUGAAAACCUUGAAUUUUGUUAUAGAUGAAAUUGUUCACUUCUAUGGAGGAAACAAAGAAUUCAUCCAAGGGUUUAAAGGGAUGAGUAAAUAGUGUAUAUUCUUCUAUAGAACAUCUAUUUUUCAGACAUGAACAGUGGCAUAUGGUUCAGAUCAUACACGUCAUGCUCACCUGUAGAUUCUGCUUAGAAAGUGACUCAUAUUUAUGACAAUAAACCAUAAAGUAUAUUUGUUGUCGUAUUUUACGUAUGCUUUUGAUGUUGUGUGCUUAAUGCCAAAUACUGUUGUUAACCAUCUGUUUUGAGGUCUUAUUUUUUUAAAUAACUUUUAUUUUAAUGUUCUACAGUAUCCUGAUAUGCAUGUUUUAUGGUGAUGAUAAAACCAGUUUUAACGUGUCAGUGUUCUGUAGCAAUUUAUUGAAUAAAAAACAAACUGCCUGGUUCUCCUUAAUUUCCAAUUCACCAUUUCAAAUGGAGACUGGGGCUAGUUGUUACACAAAUGCUUGUUUUCUCUAGCAGUGGUUUUGUAUGUUGCCUUCAAACACUAGUUCAAAACUAUCUUAAAUGAGAAUAUUUUUUUCUGAAAUCUGUCCUUCAAAUAAAAAUGUCAACAUUGUAAUAGCAGCUUGGUAAAUGAUUACACUGGCAUGCAUUAAGCUAAAAGGCAACUAUACAUAAUAAAGGUAGAUUUAAGAUUUAAA